UAUUUUGUCGGAGAGAGUGUUUUCCCCUCUCGCCUUUUCACUCUCCAUUUCUCUUCUCUUUCUCUCUCUGUACGCUCCGCUUCCGGCCACCGGCAAUCGUUUCCCGGCAAUGUCGGACCACACUGUAUCCGCUCCUCUUUUACCUACCUCCACCCACCUCUCAGACUCCGAUCACGAUCAGGCCCCUGAGCCGCACGUGAUCGUUACUGUUGACGACGACGAUGGGGUCCACCAGCUACCCAACGGCGAUGAUCAUCAAUUGGUUACUCAUAUUUCGGAGGUGGAUGAUAACCCAUAUGCGUUUCUUGGAGCGAAACGGUUCGACAUGCCUGGAUCCACCACCGUUGACCCGUUCAGGAACAAUACACCUAGAAUCGAAGGGGUCUAUGAAUGGUUCAAGAUUGUCGUGUGUUUGCCUCUUGCUUUGGUGAGGUUGUUGCUUUUUGGGUUGUCUUUGAUGGUCGGUUACGUGGCGACACGUCUUGCUUUGUACGGGUGGAAAGAUAAGCACAAUCCUAUGCCUAAAUGGAGGUCCAGAUUGAUGUGUGUUACCCGGUUUAGUGCCAGAACCAUCCUCUUCUCUUUCGGGUACCAAUGGAUAAGACGAAAAGGAAAACCUGCGCCAAGGGAGAUAGCUCCGGUUGUUGUAUCUAAUCAUGUCUCGUACAUAGACCCUAUCUUCUAUUUCUAUGAGUUAUUUCCUACCAUUGUUGCUUCCGAGUCCCAUGAUUCCAUGCCUUUCGUCGGAACUAUUAUCAGAGCUAUGCAGGUGAUAUAUGUUAAUAGAUUCUCUCCCACUUCAAGGAAGCAUGCUGUUAGUGAAAUAAAGAGAAAGGCUUCUUGCAAUCAAUUUCCCCGAGUGCUUUUAUUUCCUGAAGGGACUACAACAAAUGGAAGAGCUAUUAUUUCCUUCCAACUUGGUGCAUUUAUCCCAGGCUAUCCUAUCCAGCCUGUUAUUGUGCGCUAUCCCCACGUUCACUUUGAUCAAUCAUGGGGGAAUGUUUCCCUGGGAAUGCUGAUGUUUAGAAUGUUCACACAGUUCCACAAUUUCAUGGAGGUUGAGUACCUUCCUGUUGUUUCACCUCAUGAGAAUCAGAAAGAAAAUGCUGUACGGUUUGCUCAAAGGACUGGCCAUGCUGUUUCAACUGCCCUUAACGUUGUACAAACAUCUCAUUCUUAUGGCGACGUACUGCUUCUUGCUAAGGCAUUGGAGUGCAAUCAGGAAAAUCCCUCGCUCUAUUUGGUUGAGAUGGCAGCGGUUGAAGCGGCAUUUCAUUUGAGCUCUUUGGAGGCUGUAGAGUUUCUGGAUGUUUUCCUUUCAAUGAACCCAGACUCCAAGGGACAGGUCGAGAUUCAUGACUUCCUCAGGGUUUUAAGACUGAAACCCUGUACUCUUUCUGAAAAGAUAUUUGGCUUCAUUGAUAUGCAGAAGAGCUGUAAAGUAACAUUCAAGCAGUUUUUGGUUGGUUCAGCUCAUAUCUUGAAGCAGCCAUUGUUUCAUCAAGCCUGUGAAUCAGCUUUUACUGCGUGUGAUGACGGUGGGAAGAACUACAUUUUGGAGCAAGAGUUUGGGUGUUCUCUUAUGCUAUCGCUUCCUGGUUUGAGUAACAAUGAGAUCCAUGGACUCUUCACCUUGUUUGAUACAGAUCACGACGGGAAGAUCAGCAAGGCCGAUUUAAUCGCCUGUUUAAGAAGAUAUCCUUUGUUGAUUGCCCUUUUCUCACCUUGUGUAUUGCAACAAACUUGCCCAUAGCUGGUCUAUAGUAUGGAGAAGUGAACUAAGUUGAUGGACAUUUAAUGGUGGAGAAUCCUUUUUUGGACUUCUACCAGUGUUGUGAACUACUAAUAUAUCUCAGAAAUUUUGUUGCUUAGAUUAGUGUAUUUAUCCUUACAAACAUGGCUUGGGUGUUAAUAUGCCAUUUGAAUGGUAAAGCUCUUAGGCCUAGAGUUCUAGUGCCUUGGCUUGUUUUUGGUUCUAUUUCUCAAUAGUGGUGAAAGUAAAAUCUAGGUUCUGUGACUUCUAUUCAUUUGUAAACUAUACUCAAAAUGCAAUGGAACUGUGUACUUUUAUUUACUUCUAUUAAAAUUUCUCGCCCUUUGCCUUA